AAAACCAAAAAAGCUUUUCCUGCCUCAUAACCUUUCACACGUUUUUGAGCUGCAACAAGGUGCCGCACCUUCAACUGUAAAGCAUUGAUGGGCACCUGCGCCUGAAGCGACAUGGACAUGGAGAGCGGCCUCGUUCGCUCCAUCUACUAUGGCAGAAUUGGGAGCUCGGCCACGGAGAAGCUGCUGGAGAAGUUUGGACAGGACGGGAGCUUUUUGUUGAGAGACAGCGAGACGGUGCAAGGGGCCUACUGCCUCUGUGUGAGGAAAGCGCCCUAUGUACACACUUACAGGGUGGAGCGCGACAAAGAUGGCUGGUACCUUCAGGAUUUGAAAGGCCGACUGCUGAGGUUUGAAACUCUGGAGUCUCUUAUUCAGAACUACAGAAGGGACAGGGUCUCUCACUUUGGCAUAGUUCCCCUCACUUAUCCACUGGACAAAACAACAGUGCCAAGCGGCUGGGUUCAAGGUCCGGCCUACAUGGAGCUGAACGGCAGCGAGUCGGGCCAGUGAAACCCUACGCUAAGACCAAGGGCUCUUCAAGAAUCCACUUUUUUCAUCCUUUGCUUCAGCUCACAGCUACUUAUUUAUUUCUGUAUCAAAAUGUGUGUUUAUUUGUGAUACCUUUAAAAUAAAUGUGAAUAAAUGAGAUUCUUGAAAGAUGCUGUGUAAUUAUAGGCCUUCAUCCCUUAUCUAGUUAUCUGUGGUUUCCUCCCUGCAUAUCUGAUCUUUAUCUUUGUUCUAUUGUUGCCUUAUUGUGUGUGUGAGAAAAAGUGUGUUCUCCCUUCAUCAUGUGUCUGGAUUCUGAUGAUUUGUAGCGCAUAGAAAAAAAAUGUUUUGCCUGAAGGGCCUUUUGAUUUAGUUGUUUUUUACUACGUGCUUUAAUCAGCAUACGGAUGGCUCUGCUUUAACCAUCUUCAUCUCUGUGGUUUGUUUUUUGUUUGUUUUUUUGCUAUCUGAGGACAUGAAGGUUGUAGCAGGGCAGGAAAUAGAGCAGUGCACCUAACGCUGAUAGCAUCUGUUGUGGGACAGCUACAACAAAAGGCUUUAAUUGCUAAUUUCGUUUUGCACCAAUUAAUCAAGUCUCCAUGCUGUAUCAAGUAAAAAAAAGAUUCUAAAGCAUCAGGGGACUCAUUCCUUUGACAGACACUCUGUAUUUGCUGUAUUUGUCAGCCAUGCUUAUAGUUCGUUUUGCUGCUGGAAAUUAAUGCAAACUAAUGGGUGUUAAAAAAAAUUUUUUUUAGUCAAUUAAAUAA